AUGGGACGCAUUCCCUUCAGACUCCUCGUGGCCACGACCACGCGUCUCUCUCUACCCAUGGGCCAGGGACGGGCCGGCGUAAACCUGGGCAUCAUCAUCGAGGCAACCUACGGUCUGCACAAGAUCUCCGAGAGCGGCGGCGUCGGAUAUGCCCUUAACGCCGACUUCGUUGUGCCGGCCGAGAAGAACGCCAGCUACUUUGAGUUGCUCGAGUGUUACCUCACCGUGGCUGCAUGGAACGAUGCGGUUCGCGAGGCCCAGCUCGUGAGCAACUGGCAGUACUUCGGCUCCGAGGACGAGGCCAGGGAGGCCGUCGCACCCAUGCUCAGUCUGACGGUGGUCUCAUCGAUCGGCUAUUGCCCGGGGAACAAGAUCUUCUACGCACAGGAAUUUGGCUCGGACGCGGCCAACUGCGCCGAAGGGUCCGGCUUCGGGAAGACGGCCCGCUUCUUCCAAGAAUACUCAGACUCGCGAUCCCUUACCACCUUCGCCCUCGAGACGUAUCUGACCGAAGCCGCCGUCGCUGCGCCGGACGAGGAGACAGCCUACCCGUGGCGGGACGCUCCCGCGACGGGCUACCUGGCGCCGACAUUUGCCUGGCCCGGUGACGCCGACCCAGCCAUCACCGCCGCGGCUGCUGCACUGGGCCAAGAGCUGCAGACCGACUUGGCCGCGACCUCGGGCCACGAGGACGAGCUGGAGGGCGGGUUGGGCGUCUACGUCAACUAUGCGCACGGCGAAGAGCCGCUUGAGAACAUCUACUGCGCCGACAAGCUGCCGCGCCUUGCCGCUCUCAGAAGGGAUGGGAUCAAAACAACGUCUUUGCCUACCACUUGGCCCUGCCGACCGGGUACCCGUAGGUGUGAUUGGGGUUCAAGGUGCUCUGUUCUUCAAAUCCCGCGAGGAUGUGAGAAGGGUACGCUGCGUUUGGACUCAGCAUCUGUUUCUCUUUGA